AUGGCAAGAGGUAGACUACCUAAGAAGGAGCCUUCUGAGAUCCGCUCAACUUCUAUUAACAGACCGGUGCAGUUAAUUUAUAAUGUAACAACUGUGAACACCAUGAGUGAACUGACACAACUGAGCGAGUCAGACAUCGGUAAAAACCCCAUCAGGGAUGUUGAUUAUGACGACACGCAGAAUUUACAGCAGUCAACAAACACAUCUUCAAUGCUUGGUUUUGCCCUUAGUGAUGAUUUUAUGAACAAAGUAGUGAACAACAAGAGUGAGGAACCCAACUUGAGCAUUUUGGAUAAAGUUAGAAGUAGGUUGUUUGGUGGUAAUAACGAGCAGCAACUGGAGGAUGACACUCAAAAAAUAGAACACACUGAUCUCCAAGAUGAAGCAGAGCCUUUGCACAACCAAUUCCAGCACCUCCCUCAAUUGGAAGUGGAUGAGAGUGAGUACAACCAGCCAACACAACUCACAAAUGCGAAUGAGCCCAGAAAUAACCAUUUAAGUCCUACACAAGUCCUUCCCAAGGCGUUGCAGCCCACGCAAGUUAUCAAGAACGCCUCAGCACUUAAGCCCACGCAAGUAAUUGAAAAUACAGACAGAGGUGGAGAUAAGAUCCCCGUGGCAGAUGACUCCGCCGCUGCAGAGGCCACUCAAGUGAUUCCCAAGAGCAAUUUGCAAAACUUAUUUGUCGAGUCAGAGGACGAGCAAGAAAAUCAACCAAUGACAGCUGAAGAAAGACAACGCAAAAUAGCCCAACUAGCAGAAGAAAAGCGACAAGCUCGUCUUCAGAAAGAACGCGAUGAAUUGGAACAGGAUAUCACCAAGGGGACUUUGACAGAUGAAGAAGAUGAGCUUAAUAAUGAAGCAAAUGACACCAUCGUGUCUUCGCAUAUGAAAAGCGAUGGGUUGUCUACAAAAGAGUUGGAAAAAGCUCAGGAAUUCAUCAAUAUACAGAAACGUCAAGUUGAUAUAAGACCCCACUUUGAAAGGAAACAAGUGUUUACUAAGGAGAAAUUUUUGGAUUUGUUUUCUGAUGAAGAAGAAGAUGAGGAUGAAGAUGUCUUUGGUGCGGUCAAAAAGACAUCGCAUACUGAGAAACCAUCUUCGCCUACUAUGGACGUAAUAUUAAAAUCGAGCCCAACGACCUCGCCUGUCAAGGAUAAUGUAUUUGACUUGUUUCAAAUACCUUCUAAGCCAACACAACCAACGAAUCCACUAGAAUUGUAUGCCCAGAAGUUAAAGAAAACCUUGCCUAGCUCCCCAUCAAACGAAGAACCUAGCACGGGCCCCGUGAUUAAUUUGGAUUCAGAUUCAGAUAUGGAUAUCGCACACUCUUCUUCCCCAUUGAAGACACAACAUAAGCCUCGAUUUUCUAACCAUGCCAAAGAAUUGGACGUGAUUCCUGACCUCACCAAGGAACAGAAGUUUUUAAUUAGGCAACGAUUUGCAAAGAAGAAGUUUCAGAAUUCCAAGCAUUUGACAAAGGACCUGCAGAAGAAUAAGAAGCAAACCAAUUUUUUCAAGCAGUUACAAAGAAGGAAUAUCGAUCAAUUGAAAAUUCACAAGUUGAAUGAUCCAGAGCAUGCAUUGAUGGAAGAGCUUGAGAAAGAUGAAGAGUCGAUGACAUCAUUAUUGGAACGAGAGAUGGAGAGGGCAAGAAAGAUUAGAAAGAAGGAGAAAUUACAGGAGCGGGCCAAGUUGGCCUUGUUGGGUAAAAAAUUGGGAAUGAAGAUGGUUGAAAGUGAGGAUGAUGGCGAGGAUGAUGUUCCGGAAAGUGACAAUGGUGGCUCAGCAGUACCGGAUAGUGAUUACAAUUCAGACGAACAAGAAGGUGAGGAUAUUGAUUUGGAGAACGUGAACGUUGAGAUAGGAGAGGAUGACGAGGGUGAUCACAACGAUUCAGACCAUUCAUUUGACGAGCAAGAUGACGAAGAAAAGGAAGAUCUCGUGACUCACGACGACGAUAGCCAUGAGUUGUUCAAAAAUUUGGCACCUAGAGAACAAGAAGAAUCAUUUAUAUCAACACAAGGAGAAGUGCAUGUCAAACGCGAACCGAUCUUGCCAAUGUUCAAAGACCUCACUCAAUCGCAAUCACAGUCGCAACUUCAAACUCAAGCCGAUCAACCUACCCAAGUUGAUCAACCUACUCAAGUUGACAAUUCACUCUUGACGGAUUCGAAAACGCAAGUCAUUGCAACUCGAAAUGUCACUCAAAGAGACGGGAAAGGUACUGAUGCAGUCGGUGAAUACGAAGUUGAUAACGACGAUGACGAUUUAGUAACUCCAGCACGGGUCAGCAGAGGUCGCAAAGCUUUGCGUCAUAAGAUGAUGCAAAUCAAGGAGGAGCCGGAGGAGCAAGCGGUAGCAACUAUAGACUCCGAUGCAGGCGACGACAGAGAUGAAUCUGACAACGAAGAUCCGCAAGAGAUCCAACAAAGAAUCAAAGAGUACGAGCAAAAGAUUCGCAAAAAGGAGUUGCAAGCUCGUAAACGUCGUAAAGCCAUGGAGAAAAGUGGCGCCAAGGCAAUGUUUGACAGAGAGGCAGAGGAAUCUGAAGAUGAAUGGAAAGGGUUGGGUGGGGUUGAUGGCGAGUUUUCCGAUGUGGCCAAUUCAGAAGAUGAGCAAAUGAUUGAUAACAAUUUUAAUAUUGAUUUACAAGAUGAAGAGAUCCGAAACAAGUUUAUGAAGGAUUAUCAAAUCAAGGAUCAACAAGAGUUGGAAAAGUUGUUGGAUGAUAUCAAGAAUCACAAAUUGAUUAAACGUGCUGGUGCCAAUAAUAGUGGAUUCGAUAUUGAAUUGAGUGAUGAAGAGGAUCAGUUGUUAGCUGCUUAUGGAAGGCAAAAGUUGCUUGAACAACAACAACGAUUGUUGCUGAAUAAGAAGUUGCAAGCAUUGAGCAAAGAUGAGAAAUCUAGGGCGUUUUUCGAUACUAUUAAGGAUAAAUAUGAAGUUAUUGUCAUUGAUAGCGACAGCGAUGGUGAUGUUGAGGUUGUUGGUGGUGGCAACCCGCUUUUUGGAGGGAAUGAUACAGAACUGACUAAACGAGACGCAACUUCACUUGACAAGGGAUCUGAUGCAGCUGACGUUGCCGACCAUGAUGAUGAAGCAGAUUCACUAGAGAAGGAAGCGCCAAUGAAGCAUACAAUCAAGAUUGAGGAGUCAUUUGUGCAAAACAAAUUGUCAUUUUUGUAUCAGUCUGUUUAUGAUGAUGAGGAUGGCGGGUAUAGUCGAAUACAAAGAUUAUCCAAGUUGCAACACGGCAUAUCUGAUGAUGACGAGGAGAUUGACGAUAUCAAUGCUUUGAAAUCAAAGAGUAUCCUUCAACCAAAUCGACAGGUUUCAAAUAUCGCCCAUCAUGAUCAACAAACUAACUCUAGAAAGAGAAAAUUGGAUCAGGAUGCCCCGCCUACUGACGUAGAUGAAAAUAACCAAGAUGGUGGAGACACCGACAAGGAUGACGAUAACGAUGAAAACAGUAACAUUGUCAAUCUCGAUGCAGUCGACAUCGACAUCGACGACGACGAGUUUAUGCCUAUUUUCAAAAAACCAUCCAUCACCAAAUCAUUCAAAUCCUUCCAAGAGCAAAAGGGAAUCACAUUCAACAAGCGCGGCAAGCAGCAAUUCUCCGGUGUCACAAUCAGUAAGCAAUACAAGGUAGUUUCUGGCUCCAAAGCUUCAAUCACCUACAUGUCUUCGAGGUUGCAACAGAAGCAACUGGUGCAGAGCCGAUCGCAAUCGGUGAAAAGUUUGAAAGAGCGACAGAUUGAACAAAGUUUACACAAGUUGCACAGGUCGAAAACAUAUGCAAAUGGAAGUGGAUCUGGUGUUGGAUCUGGUGUUGGAUCUGGUGCUGAUGGGGGUUCAUCUACUUCUCUGAAGAUUUUCUCAAGUUAUGAUUUCCUAUAG